AUGGAUGAUAGAUCCAGUAAGCUCAUUUUAGUUCCUAUUUUAGCUGUCCUUUUUGUUAUGAUAGGUUAUCAGUACAUAUGUCCCGCUGGCAGUAAUUCAUGCCACUUUAAGACUGAGGAGAAAUUUAGAGGGGUGAGUCUACUUUCAACCCCUUAUCAGGACAGCGAUGAUUUCUACAGAGAUCAAGACCUGGAGGAUGACAGCCCUCCGAAACUAUCGUCGAAAUUCAACUUCACUGAAAGAGACCUUGACAGACACGUGGAGUUCAACAUCAAAGGGGACGACGUGAUAGUGUUUUUGCACAUCCAGAAGACCGGGGGGACGACUUUCGGGAGGCACUUGGUGAGGAAUAUUCGCUUGGAGCAGCCGUGCGACUGCAAGCCAGGGCAGAAGAAAUGCACGUGCCACCGACCGGGGAAAGAAGAGUCCUGGCUCUUCUCCCGGUUCUCUACGGGCUGGAGCUGCGGACUGCAUGCAGACUGGACCGAGCUUACGAACUGUGUCCCUGUCAUUAUGGAUAAGAAGGAGGCCCGGAGGAAUAAAAGGAACUUCUACUACAUCACCAUGCUGCGCGACCCAGUCUCCCGCUACCUGAGCGAGUGGAAACAUGUCCAGAGAGGAGCCACAUGGAAGACCGCCCUCCAUAUGUGUGAUGGACGUUCACCCACCCAGGACGAGCUGCCCACCUGCUACAGUGGGGAUGACUGGUCUGGCGUCACCCUGACAGAGUUCAUGAACUGCCAGUCGAACUUGGCGAACAACCGUCAGGUCCGCAUGCUGGCUGACCUGAGCCUGGUGGGCUGCUACAACCUGUCCUCCAUGAACGAAAGCCAGCGCAACCACAUCCUUUUAAGCAGCGCCAUGAGCAACUUGAAGAACAUGGCUUUCUACGGCCUGACCGAGUUUCAGCGUAAGACCCAGUACCUGUUUGAGCGGACGUUCAGCCUGCGCUUCAUCUCUGCCUUCACGCAGAUUAACAGCACGCGAGCUGCCAACGUGGACCUGAGCGAGACUGUGCGCAAACGCAUCGAGGACCUCAACUAUUUGGACAUGCAGCUGUACGAAUAUGCAAAGGACCUGUUCCUCCAGCGUUUCCAGUUCACCCGCCAGAGGGAGCACCAGGAAGUGCGCUUGAAGAGGCGCGAGGAGAAGCGCUGGCUGCGGGAGCAGAGAGACCAGGUCAGGCCUUGGCCGCCCAAACACAGAGGCGGUGGCAACAGAGGCGGGAGAGUGGGAGGAGGUUUUGAGAAGGAAACUGAGAGUGACUUCCCAGCCACCACCGAGGACUACACGAGCCAAGUAGCCCGCUGGUGAGGUGCUGGUCCGAUAAAGAGAGAGGAGCAAGAGAGAGCGGUGGAUGGAGAUUCGCAGUGGACUAGUUAAAAGAAACGUUGGACUCUCUCUUGUGCAUCUUAUGUCUCUCUUUGUGUCUCACCAUUAACCUGUCUGCUGAAUCUAUCCGUUUUGUCAGCUUCAGUGUGAUCCGAGUGCUCCGCUAUUUCUUUAAGAAAACUGCCAAGUUUGAGCCUUGCAGCAGCUCUGUCUUGGAGUACCUUUGGUGUCUUAAUCUUUAAAUGCUGUUUAUUUUUGUCAAUUAAUUAUCGCCCCAGUUCUUUAUAAACUGUUGAAUGAGAUGAUAAAUUGGUGUGAAAGAAAAGAAGAAGAAGAAAAAAAACGCUGCUAGAGACAUUGCAUUGAAUUCUUUUUAUUUAUUUAUUUAGUUUAUUUUGGCAUUCAACAUUGAUGAAUGUCACCGAAGUCAGCAUCUACUGUAUGUUGCAACUGUUAGAAAAUAUGACAUAUGAAAGUUGUGUUAGGGGAACUGGUGGUUGCAUGUCACACAUCCACUUUGUACUUACAACUGGGGAGAGCGAUUUCCAAAAGACACACAGAGUCAAAGUGAAUAGUGAAAACACUGAAUCUGUUUUCCUUUAACUUAAAGUCAGGGAAACCUUCACUUCACAUAUUGUAUGCAUGCAGUACCCAUCCUUUAAACCAAAUUAUAAAAAGGUCUGUCGCUAUUGCUUUGUUUGCUGUGCAAUAUAUAUUUUAUUUUCUCAAGAGCAAUACCUUGCAGACUUUAACCCCCCAGCUCCAAAGACAACACAAAGGCAGUCACACAGCAGUUAGAUGGCAUCCAGCUGAACAAAAUAACUUCAGUCAUUUCCUGUACUGUUGGUAGA